CCAAAAGGUUGUGUUAAAACAGCCGACGGUCAAGGCAAAGCAAAUAGUAAAAAAAAAAUCACAACGACGUCUUGAUUUACCAAGUACCGCCAAUUUAUUCUUGUAAUUUUUGCCCCUUUCACAAUAUCUCACCACAUCGGCAUCACAUCGGCUCUCGCACCAGCGCGUCCUGUCGCAAAAACCACACCACCGGCCACUGCCAUCGCCAACUCUGACUACGGGUGCUGGCGCAGCCCCACGCGCCGCAAGUGCUAACCUCCCCUUGCUGCAACGCAUUUACCACCACUAAAUCCACCAAGGCAUUUUGCGGUGCUUUGCCACGGUCGCCACCAGCCCGACCACGAGCCAUUUUCUUUUCCAUUCCUCCACCAUCACCACCAUCCAACUGCCAAAUCGCCGGCUCUCCAAAAUCUCUUCUUCCCGCAAGGCUGCGACAGGCCAUCUCUCUCCCUGCGUUUUUCGCUUCGCAACGCGUCUUUCCGACCGAACCCAUUUCCCUCCACAUACCACAACUCCCCGACCGAACCACACAGCAAUGGCCCCUUCGGCCAAGACCUCAUCCUCCAAGGGCCUCGUUACUCUGAAAAUAUCCCCUACCAAACUCCGCGAUAUCUUCCCGCAAACGAGUAGCGAAACCCCCGACGACUCGACCAAGGACGACAUCAAGGCGUCGCCCGCUGCCUCUGUCGCUGCCCCCAAUUCGACGGCUGAGCAGGCAUCAGAUUCCAACGCAGCAACACCAGGAGGCGACGGAACACCUGGCCCAUCAGCCAUGGGACCUCCCGAUGGACGAAAGAAGGGCGUUAAGCGCACUGCGGCCGCUGCCCUCGGGCCCGAUGGUCUGCCUAAGCCCAGAGGCAAGCCUGGUCCUAAGAAGAAGCCCAGACUAGAGGAUGGAACCAUUGAUCACGCUGCUGUCAGAGCCGCUGCGGCAGCCAAACCUGGCCCUAGAGCCAACCAGGGCGCCAUCAAUGCAGGCCUUCGCGCCCUCGACCGAUCGGGAAAACCGUGCCGCAAGUGGACAAAGGGCGGAUUCACGCUCAAGACGUUUACGGGCGUCGUCUGGGAGAUUCCGCGCUGGACAGCACCGCCUAAGAAGAGCGACGGCGACGAGGGCGAGUCCAAUAACGGCGGCUCUGCUGACGGCAGCAACAAGGAGAACAAGGAUGACAUCAAGGACGAAAACAGCGCCAGCGCAAGCAAUGCUGGCGGCGAUUUGGAGAUGCAGAGCGCACAUGCUUCCUCGCCGGCGCCGGUGUCUGUUGCUGCUGCAUGAUUGCCCUUAAGUAGGCACAGUGUCCUGUAUUGCAUGCGUUGACGCAGCCGGGAUACAACGCCGCAAAAGCAAACCUUGGGGGGACGAUAUCAUCGCCUUUCCUCUCUUUGACUUUUUUUUCGUUUUGUUUCUUACAUUGCUCUUGUACAACCAAUGGUGGCGUUUGGGUUUCGAGUGUGCCAUGGGUCAGCAGCAGUUGUAGCAUCGGCACCAUGGACAGUUUGCGGCGUUUGGAAUUGCGUGUGUUUUUCUAUUUUUUUCUAUUUAAUAUGGGCUGUUUGAUAGAAGGGUAUGGCAUGUAGGAUUAGUAUGCAAAAAGCAGAGCAGGGCGUAGCAGAGGAGGUAGCUGGGGAUGAUGUCCCAUUGAAUGAAAGCGUGCAUUUUACCUUUACCUGUGGUGGAGGUAGUGGUGACAUUUGCGUGCAUUUGUGUUUGACUCGGUAGUGACAUGGAUCCCUCGACAUUAAUCCGUCCACGAAAUAUUUUUCACAAUAUUUAUUUCGAAAAUGCUGAGGACAUGGAG